AUGCAGACCUCGUCGAAGCAGAGGCGUAGCGGCUAUGAACCCUCGGACACAGAGACAGACUUCCAUGAAAGUCCUUGGCGUGACCUCAAUCCACACAAUAGAAAAUUGGAUUUUGAAGAGCCAGGAUUAGACUUUGACUUACCAAGAAACAUCAGUCCUUUGAAGACCAACCGGAGACACUCCUCGAGGUUUGAACAUGUGGACUCCUCUCCGAAAAAGAACUCUUCAGACAUCUCAGCUCGGAGGAGACACAGCAGUAAGUCACCUUACAAGCCUAAGAGAUCAGAAGAUGGUAACAAUCUUUAUAAUGGAAAUAUCAGUCCUUUGCCAAAACCUCACAUGAGAACUUAUCAUUCUCCUUACAAAGAAGAGCCUAAUCUGGAUAACAGUGAAUUUGUGUAUUCAUACAGAAGGCAAAAUGACAGAUCUUUAGUUCAACAUCAGUUUGUUGAAGUUGGUAUGGCAAGCAGGAAACCAAACUACACGAUGAGCAAGAGAUCAGUGACUGCCCCAAGACUAAGGCCAAAAGAUAAGAACCGAGAGGAGAAGUAUGAUAAGGUAUCGAAACCGGAGAGAACACACUCACCAACAGCUCAAAAGCUAAGAGAUCAAGCUCCCCAACCAAAAGUGGGCCCCUCAAGCGGCGAAAUCAACGAAAGAGUUGCGUACGCAAGGCUUGCUAGAGAUCGAGUGCGUAUUGGUCCUGCAAUUUAUGAGAGUACUGAUUCCAUUUCACCGGGUGAUAUCUUCUUUUCUCGCGAGGGGACAGUUCUAGCAUUGCCAAAGAAUGGUGGUUUGGAGAGCCAUUUUAGUCCGAAACCGAAGAUACUUUCCGAAAGAGAUUCUUCUUCUCAGUUGAGAAGUAGAGCAAAUAGUAAAAUUGACCCUAGUAAGGAAUCAUCUAGUGUUGGUUUAUCACAAACAGGUACAACUAUUAGUUCUUCUGGAAGCAAACUGGGAAGUGGAAGGUUUAGCACUGAAACUAGUAAACUGAGUGAUACUAGUACUAGGACAACUGAAAGCAUGAGGAAGUUUACAGAAAAUAGAAGGAAGAGCCAAAAGGAGACAUGGUUUAAUUGUAUGAAGAAAGGGCCUUGUGGGAGUGCGAAAAAAUCGCCCGAGAGAACUGCGAGAAUCACCACAUUGAAUGAAGCAUUAUUUAUUGAAAAAGCCAGGGUGGCUGAAAAUCUCAAACAGUUCUGGGCUGAUAAGUAUCAACCUGGCUCCUUAAAUGGAUUCACUUGCCAUAAACAAGAAGCUCAACUUCUCAAGCAACUUGUAUCUGAUGACAUAUGUCCCCAUAUUUUGCUCAAGGGACCAACUGGUUCAGGAAAAAGAGCUUUAGCAAUGGCACUUCUGCGUGAAAUAUAUGGUGAUGCAAGUUGGGAUGAAAACCAGCGAAUGCAAGUGGUUGUCCCAAUUAAAUCAAGUCCUCACCAUUUGGAGCUCAAUGUGCACUUAGAAUCAAAUGCCAGAUAUGCACUAAUGGGUUUAGUCAGGGAAAUAACUAAGGACUUUACAAAUAUUCCUGAAAUCAGCACGGCUAAUCUCAACCCGAAUUAUAAAGUAAUAGUCCUUUAUGAUGUUGACAAAGCAGCAGAUAACAUUCAGCAUUUGAUAAAAUGGAUUUUGGAUUGUUACACCGAUGCUUGUAGACUCAUACUAUGCUGUGAAGAUGAUUCAGAGAUUGUCGAGUCGGUGAAAGACCAGUGCAAAGUUAUCGAUGUCAAUGCUCCUAUAACUCAUGAGAUCAUGGAAGUUCUUAUUCAGAUAGCGAGAAAGGAAGGAUUCGAUUUAUCCAUGGAGUUUGCAGCUAAGAUUGCCAUUAAAUCAAAGCAAAAUCUGAGAAAGGCAAUCAUGGCUCUUGAAGCAUGCAAGGCACACAACUAUCCUUUUGUGGAGGACCAACCAAUUCCACUAGGGUGGGAAGAGGUUCUGGUUGAAAUGGCUGCAGAAAUCCUAGCCAAUCCAUCACCUAAUACGUUAUUUCUAAUAAGGGGAAGGCUUCAAAAGCUUCUAGUUGACUACGUUCACCCCAAACUGAUUCUACAGAAACUUGUGGAACAGUUCCUAAAGGGAAUUGAGGCAAGCAUUAAAAGGCAACUUUAUUAUUGGCAUGCUUAUUAUGAUAAGAGACUACCAACAGGACCAAGCGCUUUGCUUAAGCUAGAAGAAUUCGUGGCCAAAUUCAUGAGCAUAUACAGAAAGAGUUUAAACAAUAUUCGUCAGUUAAUCAUGUAG